AUGGCUGUCUUCCUUACACAUGCCUGGCGGCUACUAGGCGUAGCUCUAGUGCUACUCCCAGCAUUCUUUACUCAAGCACGUUGUGAUCUUGAUAAUCCCAAAUGGUUUCAGCCAUUGUGCACAAACAACAGUGUACGCGCCAACACGCCGUUUCUAGUCAAAUCCAUCAACUACACGGAAUACGACUCUACCUCAAAUCUGGAUUUCAUUCUUGAACCUUACAAUGCGCUCACGGUCUUCCUGGGUAGAAGCACUUUAAGACCAGGCUGCAAGGGGGACUGGUGUGGAGUCAUAUGCCCCGUGUGCCGCAUGAUUGAAUGUGUUCCGAUCGUUCAAGAUCCUGAGGCCGCAACCAACGACGGCAAAACUAUCAUUACCGACUUCCUAGCUGAAAUUCCGGCCGAUGCAGGUCCGGAUGGAGCAUAUUAUAAUGUUGCUGUUACUAUGUUCAAUACGCAGAAGUUUAGGCCUACAUCAGAUAGUACUGAUUACGUGAAUUCAACGGUACACGGCGUCAACAACCAUGGGGCAUUAAAUGUCACAGACACGACACCGCAGUCCGGUACGAAUAAAGAUGGAUUCUAUAAUUUUGAGGUUAACCCUGUCACCGAAAAUGUCGAAGAAAGCUGGCCGUCAUCUCUCGAGAUGGUUCCUUGUCCUGCAUACGGAUGCGCUAGAGCUUGCGUUAACGAACUAUAUCCGAAGGACCCCAGUAACCCUGAAAAUCUUAAGGCCGUUCAGACUUGCAUCGGAGCAUGCCCCGGGAUGGAUACAUAUCUCAACUACUGUCCAGACCUAGGUGGUAGAGAGCAGGACUUCUCACAGUUUGGUGUCGAAACAGGAUUAGGUGACAGUUGGAAGGAUUUUGUGCCAUCAGGAUGUUCCGAGUUCGAGGGCGACGCUUUCCCCCAGGCUGCUGCAAGCUUCAGUGCGACAGCAAUGGUUGCUUCAAGCACUUCAACGUCACGAGGCAAGUCUCUAGGAGCAGAGGUGUCCUGGUCUGGCUCACGACUGCAAAGGUUGGCAUUGCCGCUUGUGUUGGGUCUGCUGCUGCCACAGGUAUGA